CACAAGCAUUACUAUUAUACCACCCCUCUCUCUCUCUCCAUUUCCCAAACAGUUCAAUUUCAGGAAAGACACAUAAACACAAAGGUAGAGAGAGUGAGGAGGAAAGUACCAAAUGGCUAACUGGUCUGCUGAGAAUGCUACUGAAGCCUUCCUCAACACCCUCAAAAUGGGACAAAAAGCGAAUGAACCCGACGUAGGGGAGUUCAUUUCAGCCAUGGCGGCGGGAAACAACGCGCAGCUAAUGGUGGUGGCAUACGAAGGAUCCGCCGACCACAAGGUCCUAGCUCUGGCUGCAGCUGCCGUGCAAACCGGCGGGCGGGUCGUCUGCAUAAUUCAACGACAAGAAGAUGUUCAUGUAUCACAAGCAAUUAUGGGAGUGAAAUCACAUGAUCACCGAAUAGAGUUCAUGGUGGGAGAAGCUGAGAAGCUUAUAAAAACCCAAUACAGAGAAGCAGAUUUUGUUCUGAUAGACUGCAAUCUGGAAGGCUACGUGGCGGUGGUGGAGGCCGUUAGAUCGAGAAGGAAGAACAACGAAGGCGCCACCGUGGUGGUGGGUUUUAAUGCGAUGAGUAAAAGAUGUGGAGGAGGCGGAUGGUUGGGGGGAUCGACGACGCAUCUUUUGCCGAUUGGAAAAGGGUUGAUAGUGACGAAAGUGGCGGCAGAGCUAUCGAAAUCCGGCGAUGAUGGGAGGAGAAUGAGGAGGAGGAGCCAAAGCCAGUGGGUUGUGAAGGUGGAUAAAUGCACUGGAGAAGAACAUGUUUUUAGGGUUAGGCUUCCACAGGGGAAAGUCAUUCAAGCCUGAGUUUUUAUUCUUCUUCUUCUUCUUCUUCUUUUUCUUUUAUUUUUCUCUGUUAGGAAAAUCAAGAAUCUUCUCUCUCCUUCUGCCAUAGCCAAGGAGAUGGAGAAAGGGAGUUUUUUUUCUUUCUUUUUUUUUUUUCUUUCAAGUAUUAGGGUUUAUUGAGAGAAGUAGUAAAAUCCUUAAAUGUAAAUAUAGCAAACUAGGGUAGAUCUAUUUUUAUUAGAAGUUAACUAAUUUUUCAUUUUUAUAAUCAAUAUUAUAAU